AUGGAUGGCAAAAAACCCAUCGCGACGCGUCGGGGGACCAAGCUACUCGCAAUACCCCUCCCAGACCUGGGUUCGUCAUUCGCUUCCCUCCACCGUUCCACCAGGACUCCCGCUCGAACCCCCGCCGAGAGCAAACCCGCCGCCGGUUCGAGCUCCACCUGCUGUCGCGCCUCUCCGCGGCUUCCGCGCGACGUCGCCGUCGCGCUCACGCCCACGCUCUCCUCCUCCCCGCAGCCGCGCGCCAAGCCACAUCACGCGGCGCCGCAUCCUCCUCCGCGUCGGCCGUCCGCCGUGGAAGCCGGCGCGGAAGCCCCGCUCGAAGCAUCUGGAACGGCGGCGCCAUGCAGACGGCCGACGCGGCACGCGCCGCAUUCGCCGUGUUGCAAGCUGCAUUGGCGACGCGUGGUCGUGGUGUUCCUGCUGCUGCUCUCCCUCGCAAUCUUCCUCCUCAUGCUCCCCGCCUUGUGGCUCGCUCACGCCUGGCCUUUACCGUCUCUGCCGUCCGUUAGCGUCGCGCACGAGUCGAUCCUUCGAGGAUCUUCGCGCUUCAAGCCGUUCGAAAUUGGCCUCCGAGGCCCGCUUAGCUUCUUCAUGCGUCGACCGUUGCUUGAGAGAGCUUCGCCGGAAAGCCUAGUAACGGGUUUGCCGCUCUCGCAUCUCAGGCGACACGUUAGCGCGGAUUUUUUCGAACCGCGAGUGGGAGGCGGAGGGAUUUCGCGCCAUGCGGCUCAUCCUUGGUUCCCAGUGGGAGCGUGGUUUCGCUGGAGCAGCGGAGAGGCAGGCAGCGGAAACAUUCCGCAAAAUGCAGGGGUAAAUGCACCUGCGUCAUUGAGUAGCGGUGGGAGCGGCGAUGGCCACUGGGAUGGCAUUACAGAUCCGCAGAGCGGCGACGGCGGCGGCGGGGGCGGCAUAUGCGUCGCGAUCCCUUCCUCCCCGCGCGCGUUCCCCCACCAGGAGCUCCCCCCGUGGCAUUUCCCCGUGGCGCUGCUGAAGCUGCUUGACGAGCGCCACUCCCGGCAGAAUUCCGCGCAUAGGGGGAAGCAGCGCGGCGGCCUGGGGAAAAUGCACGCGGUGGUGUAUAGCGCGGGCUGCAAGGCGUUAGUUCCAGCUGCUGUUGCGGCCAACAGACAGCAGCGCAUGGGUAGGCUCAGGCGGAUCGGAGCGGCUAAGAGUGUUGAGGAUAUGGAAGCUGAUUUUGUCGUUGAAGACACAAAAAGGGCGAACGAGAUGGUCGGUGUUUAUACACGAGAGAUAGAGCAAGCGGCCGAGGGAUUGUCGAUGCGUGUGGAUGUGCUGAGAGCGCAUGAGGACGUGUGCCGGUUCAUAGGGCAGGGGGAGGAGGAUCUGAGGCGCGGGGGAGUUGAGGAUAAGAUGGUGGGGAAGGAUGGGUGGGAGAGCUGGAAAUGGCGCACCAAACUGGUCAUGGAUUUUAUCUAUGUGGCGAGACAAUGCCUCGCCACCCGACCCAAGUAUGUUCUGCUGCUGCAGGACGAUACUCUGCCUGCCAAGCUGUAUGAUGUUGGGAUUGAGAGGUUUGUGAAAGAGGAUCUGACCCAUAAGAGCUGGGGAGUGGUAUCGCUGUACAACCCCCAGUCAUACAACUGGGGACACCAGCAUGGGGAUGAGUAUUCUGUGCCAUGCUGCGCCCAGGCACUCCUUUUCAACGUGACUGCGUUGGAAGGUAUGCUGCAGUACAUGGAGGAGCACUUGAUGGAGACAAACAUGGAUCUUCUCGUGAACAAGUACCUGAAUGUGUCAGGCGUCAAGGGGUACGUCCACGUGCCUUCCCUGUUUCAACACCUAGUGGCGGUGCUGCGAGCGCUGGCCAAGGAGUGGGGCCGCGGGUUCAACUACUCGCGCGCGUGGUCGUCGAAGCAGCCGCCGAAGCGCUGCAUGGCGUACCCCGGGAUCAUCUGCAACGACAAGGGUAUCAUCAUCGGACUGAACGUGAGCAACACCAACAUCAACGGCACGAUCAAGGGAGUCAGCGCCCUCACCGCGCUCGCCUUGCUCGACAUGAGUCAGAACCCCAUCAAGGACGUGGCUCCCCUCGCGCCCCUCACCAACCUCGUCUACCUCAAUCUAGAGGCAUUGGACAUCGAAAAGGCACCCAACGCACUCGGCAACCUGGGCUUGCUCAAGCACCUGAACCUGAAUCAGAACUAUCUUUCUACUCCAAUCCCACCCUUGGUCACCGCCCUAACCGCCCUUACCCACCUGGACCUUGGGUUCAACGACUUUAGCGGAUCUCUCCCACCAGGCUUUGGCAACCUGAAGAACCUCAAGAAGCUAGUGUUGUCGCACGGUGGAGAUGCUCUGGGUGGCAAACUGCCCCCCUCCUUCUCCUCUCUCACCAACCUUCGGGAACUGUACAUGAACGACAAUGCCUUUGGGGGCAGCAUCCCUGCAUACAUCGGAAGCUUCCUCUCCCUCUCCUACCUGCGGCUGAGCAACAACAUGUUCUCGGGGAACAUUCCCAAGGAGCUCUCGCGUCUCAAGAGCCUGCAGUUCCUGGGGCUGCGCUACAACUGGCUGACAGGGUCCAUCCCCGCAGCCCUCGCAUCCCUCCCCCAACUCACCUACCUGUCGCUGAACUACAACAAGCUGAGUGGAAGCAUCCCAGAGCAGCUGACCCGCCUGGCCAACAUCCAGAGCAUCAACCUCGAGAGCAACUACCUGUCCGGGACUCUCCCCAACAUCGAUCGCCUCAAGCUGCUCACUGACAUCAACGUGCGCUCCAACUACCUCAGCGGCACCAUCCCUCCACGCUACCUGGCCCUGCCAUACCACAGCCUGGCGUCGAAUUACUUUGUGGGCGAGGUGUCGUACAAGGCCAGGAACGGCACCUCCAUCUGCCCUUCCGAGUCCGACGUUGAUAACAACUGCCUUCGCCUCAAGUGGUGGGACAAGAAGGCGUGUGGAAAGAAGCCGCCCCAGCGCAGCGCAAGCACCUGCUGGACCUUCUGCCGGGCGGCGAGUCGCCUGGGCACGUGCGGGCGGCGGGGGGCGUGUGUGCCGGCCAGCCUGCGAAAGAACGACAGCGCGGUGGUGUAUGCUGCAUGCCAGUGCCAGAAGGGUGCUGCUGCCACGGCUGACAACCAAUACUGCGUGAAAGUGACAAAUAAGCUGGUGCGCAAGCCGUGUCCAGCCAACCCCAAGUGUCCUCCCAGCAGCAUCUGCCAACCCAACUUCCUCUCCCCUCUGGGUUACCGCUGUGCCUGUGCCAAGGGUUACCGCCCCGUGGCAGAGAAUUACUGGACCGUUACCAAGUGCAUCGCUAUAGAGGUGUAG